AAAGAUGCUCCUGAACUUUUAUAAAUACUACUAAUCUCACUCACCAUGUACAUAAAAUCCCAGUUAUAUUUUCCAAAGCUCCAUACCUGAAAGAUUUUCGAGGUUCGGAGAGCUAGCCAUGGCUGUCAAAGAGAAAAAGGAUCAAAAAACAGUUGGUGUUGGAGUUGAAGCCCUGUGGAGAGCUAUGGCCAAGGAUACAGUUACUGUUAUACCAAAGAUAAUGCCUAGUAUCGUGCGCAGUAUUGAAGUGAUUGAGGGAGAUGGUGGCCUUGGUUCUGUUUUGCUCCUCAAUCUGGGCGAUCAUCAUGUAGAGUCCAAGAGAAAACAGACAGAAAAGAUUGUGGAACUUGACGACUCUGAGUAUCGAUUUGCACUGAAAGUAUUGGAAGGGCCGGCGCUAACACUGCGCAAUUUUUCUGCAUUGACAACUUCUUUCCAACUAAGCAAAAUCGGAGAGCAGGAGACCUUGGUUGAUAUGAAAGUGGUGUAUGAGACUGAAAAGGAGGAAGCUAAUACCGGAGAUAUAGCAUUGCAGCCUGCGAUUUCUUACAUUCAGUUCCUGGAGAAAUAUGUACUGGAAUCAUAGUGGGAGAGCUUAGCAUCAUCCUAGUACUGAAAUGUGUUUGAUCAGUUCAAUCUAACUAGCUGAGUUAGGUUCAUCUUGUCAGAUUAAAUAAGAGUGGACUUACCUUGAGCUAGCAAAUAAGGUUUUUAUUGUGAAUAAAUGGUAGCAGAUACAAAGUUGCUGCUGGUAUCAGAAAUUUGGCAUCUCCUUGAUUUGGAUGAUGCAGUGUUGUGGGCAGUAGCAGUUUCAUGAAUUGUUGUGUUGUGCAGCCUCCCUACUUUCUUUUUAUUGAAUGAGACUUCUUUUGGUUGA